UUAUAUUGUCCAAAACCACAGCGAACAUCGAACGCGUCGUCCUGGUGGCAACGCAGUUUCUGAUCACCUGAGCCUGCUGGAAUACGUAAUCUAAUUUUGUAAUUAACGGUGGAGUCUCAAUUCACGUUUCCUAAGCAGAGUCAUGAGCUUUGUUUUGAGAGGAACAAGAGCAGACAUAGAAAGCGGAUUUCCUGGAUUUAUUCCUGAGAGGCAUGCAUUGCGUGUUCAUGCAGCACGACCUACUAAUUCCAAUUCACUUACUUUUCUUGUCACAGUUCUUCUGCUAUUCAUGAUACUGAACUCUCACCAGAUGUCACCAAAUUUUCUGCUUUGGCUAGUGCUAGCUGUCUUCUUAAUGGCUACAAUGUUGAGGAUGUACGCAACUUGUCAGCAGCUUCAAGCUGAGGCUCAUGCCCAUGCAGGAGCAGGCAGUGGUGGACUUCUUGGGCACACUGAAGUACGGUUACAUAUGCCACCAUCAAUGGCACUUACCACCCGAGGACGUCUACAAGGCCUAAGACUUCAGCUUGCACUUCUUGAUCGGGAGUUUGAUGAUUUAGAUUAUGAAACUUUAAGAGCGCUGGAUUCAGAUAAUGCUCCGCCUGCACCUUCUAUGACUGAUGAAGAGAUAAAUGCUCUUCCUGUUCACAAAUACAAGGGUUCUGGCCUCCAAAACAGGAAAUCCUCAAUGCAGCAGACCUCAUCUUCCACUUUUGCCGAGAAGAAGCAUGAUACAUCAAAUGCAGUUGGUAGUACAAAAGCCUCUGAUGAUGAGCUGACCUGCAGUGUAUGUUUGGAGCAAGUUAACGUUGGGGAUCUACUCCGUAGCUUGCCCUGCUUACAUCAGUUUCAUGCCAAUUGCAUCGACCCAUGGCUGCGGCAACAAGGAACAUGUCCUGUAUGUAAAUUCAGAGCAGGAUCUACGUGGCAUGAAAGUGAACAGAAUGAAGUUGAUGCUUCGGACAUGGUUUGAAUACACGUUCUUUUUUACGAAUAUGUUGAUACAGUCAACUUUAACAUACGCUUUUGCUGCAAAACCAGUGGUUUAUGACUACUAUUGGUGUAACUACCUUGACAAAUCCACAUAGGCAAUGAGUAAUAGUAGAAUACAGUGUAACAACUAAAUGACUUCUUUUGUUUGAGAUUGCUCAGUUUCUUUGACCCUCUAAAA